AGAGAGAGAGAAAACAGAUAGAAGAAGAAGCUCUUUGUUCCCUACCCACGUUGAUAUAUGCCCAGAAACGAAGGCCCCCCCUGUUUUCAAAUCUCUAAUUUCAAAGUCUUUCUCUCUGUAGCUGUUGUGUUUAUAAGAAAUUAGUUCGUGAAAUCAAGGAUCUCUAUCUAUUCAUUCUAUAUAAACAAUGGGUGAUGGUAGUAGCCUCAAGAGAACCAAGCGUUCAUGGCCCAGAACAUUGGUUAAGAAAUGGCUCAACAUCAAGAGCAAAGCAGAAGAUUUCCACGCAGACGACAGAGACGUUUACAAAGGUGAAUGUGGAGACUGGAGUAACAAUGUCAUUGAAAGAGAAGAAGCAUGCUCUGUUAACAAGAAAAGCAACUAUGCUGAGGCUCGGUGUAGAAGAAAUAAUGGAAGAGGUAGACGAAACAGACAGGAAUUAGAUUCAGCACCACUAGUUAAACAAGUUCAUAAUCUCAGGGUUUUUACUGCUACCUGGAAUGUCGCCGGCAAAUCUCCUCCGAGUUAUCUGAAUCUCGAGGAUUGGCUCCACACCUCCCCUCCUUCCGACAUUUACGUUCUUGGCUUCCAAGAGAUCGUUCCUUUGAACGCCGGCAACGUUUUGGGUACAGAAGACAACGGUCCGGCCAGGAAAUGGGUUUCUCUCAUCCGAAGAACCUUGAACACUCUCCCUGGCGGAGGAAGCUGCCGGACCCCUUCCCCUGUUCCCCACCCGGUCGCCGAGCUCGACUCCGACUUCGAAGACGCAAACUCCUCGUUCUAUCAUCGUAGGUCGUUUCAGUCGCUUAGCAAGAGCCUGAGGAUAAACAACUUUGACAUGUCAGCAGCAUCCAUGCAGCAGCCACAUCUUGACCGGAGGUUUAGCGUAUGCGACCGUUUCGUGCUGGGCCACGAUUCCUACGACCAAAGCUUCAGGUAUUGCUCCUCCGAGGACGACGAGGACAAUGUGCAUGACUCUAAUUCUCCAUCCUGUGAUCAAUAUUCCGCUGUCUCGAGGAGUGGAUCUUUUGUGACAGAGGAGAGAGACAAGUCUAAGUAUUGUUUGGUGGCUAGCAAGCAAAUGGUUGGGAUAUUCUUAACUGUUUGGGUGAAGAGUGAUCUAAGGGACAGUGUAAAGAAUCUCAAAGUUUCUUGUGUGGGAAGAGGCUUGAUGGGCUAUCUCGGAAACAAGGGAUCGAUUUCGAUCAGCAUGUCAGUACACCAGACUAGCUUCUGCUUUGUGUGCAGCCACUUGACGUCUGGUCAGAAAGAAGGUGACGAGCUGAGAAGAAACUCCGACGUUUUAGAGAUUCUUAGGAAAACCAGAUUCCCUAGAGUGAACAACGCAGGGGAGGACAAAUCUCCUCAAACGAUUUUAGAACACGAUCGGGUAAUCUGGCUCGGAGACUUGAACUACCGUAUAGCUCUUUCUUACCGGUGUACAAAGGCUCUUGUCGAGAUGAGAAAUUGGAGUGCUUUGCUUGAGAAAGACCAGUUGCGGUUAGAACAACGUAAAGGUCGUGUCUUUGAAGGAUGGAAUGAAGGGACCAUCUAUUUCCCACCCACUUACAAGUACUCUAACAAUUCAGAUGUAUAUGCUGGUGAUGAUCGUCUCACCAAGGCCAAAAGACGGACUCCAGCAUGGUGUGAUCGCAUACUCUGGCAUGGUAACGGACUUAGUCAGCUGUCGUAUGUUCGCGGCGAGUCAAGGUUCUCAGAUCACAGACCAGUCUACAGUUUGUUCUCUGUAGAGAUUGAAUCGGUAUAUAGAAACUGCAAUAUCAAGAAAAGCUCUAGGGUUGAAGUUGAGGAACUUCUUCCUCAACGGUAUGGAUACGCUGGGCUUAGCCCUUACUAAUUCAUUAUCACGAGACAGGGGAGAGGAUUCAACAUUUCUAAAGUCUGAAAAGAAAAAAAUGGGGUUAUUCAAGGUCUUCCAUGUUUUUUCGGUUGGGAAUAGGGGAAGAAGAUUCGGGUGAAAAGCGAAGUAAGUAAUUAAUAUAGCUUUUUAGCUGAACAGUUCCUUUUCUCUUUAGGAUUAUAGAGAAUGGACCAGUUUUGUGCACUUCGAACCAUUAGUUUCUCCACAGGAUGUAGUGUAUAGAUAUAUGUGUUUGCAACUUUGCAUGUACAUCUUAUUGAUUCUUUUGGAAUGACCACUGUGUUUCAAAUUGGAAAAUCUCAGUUUAUUAUCAGUCUUUUGUCCUAUGAUCUCCCCCUCUCCCUACAGCGAAACAAAUUCAACUUGUCUAACAGUGCAGAGUGAAUAUGGAUAUUUUCGAUUUUGAAAGUGAGGAGAUAACUUUUUUAAAAAAGAGAGUCAAGCUCGUGGAACUAUAUUACUAUAUUCUUGCUUUUGUACUUUCGAAUCAACCCACUU